AUGACAUGUAAUGUAACAGUGUGUAGCAGCAGCUCUCGAAAUCAUGAAAACUGUGUGGACGUGCGUGAGGAAUAUGCUAAUGCUUUCCGUACGGAGUCAUACAUAGAGUUUUGGACACGUGUCCUUUCCUAUUCCAAUCCCGAUUCCUCUUCUUGUUUGUCAAGAGAUUCCGCCACAUCAGCUCGGCUUCCAUCUUACCGUUUGUUUGCGGAGCACCUCUUGGAUCCGAACCAGCCCACUGUUACUCGGAUCUUAUCCAAAGCCCGACUCCGACCCGUGAUCCAUUCUCUCCUAUUGGACUAUUUUGCCCAUACCGCUAAUGCUUCUUUACUUUGCAGCCAUCUAUUAAAGGACAUUCAUCGUGUACGUGCCAAGUAUCAAUCGCUCAAGACUAUCUUUCAAUGUGUUGCAACCAAUCAAAUUCCUUCUUCAAUGUUAAUGACCCAUUUAACUGAAUUUUCCAAUUCUUUAAACCCAUUUGCCGUAUCCAGCCCAUCUCCUUGUUGGGCUCGGGCCAUCCAAUGCCAAUGCUCCGAAUUACAAAAGCGGCUCGAGUCAAGCCGUGACAAGGCGCGAGCCAAGCUUCAAUCCAUUGCUAGGUUAAAACGUGGCUCGGCUUGUCUCCUUGUGACAAUUACGGCUUCACUUGUUGUUGUGAUUGUUGUGGCACAUGGGUUUGCGUUGCUUGUGGCUAUGCCAGGACUGGCUUCAAUGAACAUGGCUUCGGAAAGGAAGCUGGCUAAUGUGACGGCUCAGCUUGAUGCUGCCGCAAAAGGAACAUAUAUAUUGAACAAGGAUUUGGAGAUAACAAGCCGGCUUGUAGCUCGACUGAAUGAUGAGCUGGAACACAUGAAGACAUCAGUGAAGUUUUGGCUUGAGAGAAAAGAGGAUAGAGUUCAAGCCGAUGGAGAAGUGGCGCGCCUAUUAAAGAAGAGCCAAUGCAGUUUUAGUGACAAAUUGGACGAGUUAGAAGAGCAUUUGUAUUUGUGUUUCAUGACUCUUAAUAGGGCUAGAGAUCUUGUGCUGAACCAGAUCACUAAUUCGGGUUGA